UUCGAUCGUUCUCUGGUGGUCGUCAUCGUCGUCGACGUCUCGCUGAAUGGGUUUCCCUCGUGCGUGUUCCUCUCCCGUGAUGCUGCUGCCUGCGCUUGGUCCAGCUCAUCUUCGUUCGGUUCACUCGUGACAGGAACGAUUAGCCGUUCGUCAAAUUCCCUGUCGUUUGUAAUUCGUGUUUCGUUGAUCGAAUCUUUUGGCGCUUUGUGAUAAAAGAGAAGUGAAAAAGGUAUCCCUGGGCAGAUCUAUUAAAAGAAAAAAAAAAAAAGAAAAGAAAAAAUAAAACAAAAGAGAGAGAGAGAGAAAGAGGGAGAAGGAGAGAGAGAGAGAGAGAGAGAGGAAGAAAAGAAAAAGGAAAAAGAAGAAAAGAGAAAGGUUGCAGAAUGAUGCCGCAGUCUAUUUCGAAAGGACUCGCCUCGAAAGAGAAAAUUCAAUGGGGAAAAGAAGACGUCAUUCUUAGGGAUAUCGUUGAAGAAUAUUUUGGGAUGGUAUAUAUUAACGGGGACGAGCAAUAAAACGGGACGUUUUUGACGGAGGUAUUUGUUCAUUUGCAUGAUCAAGAGAAAAAGAGGAAGAGAGAGAAAAAAAAGACAAGAGAGGGAAGAAAAGAAAGAGAGAAACAGAGAAAAAGAGAGGGAGAGAGAGAAAGAGAAAGAGAGAGAGAGAGAGAGAGAGAGAGAGAGAGAGAGAGAGAGGAAGAGGGAGAGGGAGAGGGAGAGAGCUACAUGAGAUCACAUUUAAAUUGACGAGGCUACACAUGUGUAUGAGGUGAAUGUUAGUUUACAUUUUAUAUACUUAUUCGUUCUAAACGUGUUGAUCCUAUAAUCGAGAUGCAAUCGUACAAUCAAUUAAUCGUCUCUCUUACAAUUAGAAUACUUUAGAUUCGUCCUAUCGAGUUUAAUGGUGUUUUAUAUAUAGUUAUAGAUCAUCCUUAUCAUGUUACUGAAUACAGUGAAUAAGAUAACGUCGACACGGGGUUAAACUUGGCUUGUAUAAUUACAAAGCGUUACAUAAUUUGUUAGGAGAGCUCCUGAAGUAGUUCGAGCGAAUAGUAAGAGAGAGUGACGAAUGAUCUCGUGUCUUUCUCUCUUUUACUCUCUCUCUCUCUCUCCCUCUCUCUCUCACACACAUGCACACGCACAUAUACAUGUCUUUCUCUCUUUAUUUAUCUAUAUAUAUCCCUCUAUCACGUAUUUAAAAAGAAGAAUUUGUUUUCUCGAGUUCAGAAGGUGAUUAGCAAAUUUUUGUUAUCGUGAUUGACAAUAAAAUGCAACCUAAAGUCUCUCUGUUUCAUCGUAUGUCGUUUAAAUCGAAUUCGAAGAAAUUUUAAUAAAAAAAAAAAAAAAAAAAAAAAAAAAAAAAAAAAAAAAAAAAAAAUCAGAUCGAUUGUUUAUAAAAUCGUAUAUAUACGUAUAUAUGUAUGUACGUGAAAUUCAGGGUUGUGUAUUAACGAGGCAGUACAAAGAAAUUAAAAAAUGAAGAAUUCAUUAAUCGACGCAACUUGUAUGUGUCAAUUGUUGUUCGAUUGAAUUUCAAUGAAAGCUUUUUAAUGAAAAUAGAAACGUAAAUAAGUAAAUUAAAAAGAGAAGAAAAGUUUCUUCGUAAAUUAAAAGGCGUGUAAUAUAUCGGUGAUUCGUUUAAAUGUAAAAAAGAAAAAAAAAGAAAAAGAAAGAAAAAAAAGAGGAAAGAAAAGAGAAAGAGAAAAAACGGGUUUAUUAUCGUGAAUGGGAUUCGAUGAGAACGUGUACGUCAAAAUCAAAUUAUCGUCGUACGAGAUUCGAUUGAAGUGGAGAAGGAAAAGAAAGAGCUAUCAGAUCUAUAGACGUCUGUUUAUAAAGUCAUCUUCGAGAUCCACCUUUAACCAUAGGGACAAAAACAGCGAGCGGCAGAAGGAGGCGAAGCCUCCCGCCGCCGAAAAAAUGUCCAAUUCUCUAAUCGUAUAUAAAUAAAGCAGACUACGGCAGAAAAUCAACGACAUCAUUUUAACUUACCACGAGGCGCGUUAAUUAAAAUCUUCGGUUGUACAUGAACAGAAAGUUUAAUGGAAAUCCGUGGAAUAACUGUAUAAACAUAAAGAGAGAACUGGAUCUAGACUAUUUGGAGAGGAGGGGCGGUGAGACAAUAAGCUGUGAAAACUUGGAAAACGGAUCGAAAGAGGAGGAAAGCCCGGCAGACAGUCUGGAUCGAGUUAAGGUCGUUUUCCUCGGGGCACCUGGCGUGGGAAAGUCCAGUAUAAUUCGACAAUUCGUUUGGAGCGAAUUCUCGGAGGAAUACAGGCCCACUGAAAAACGUGAGACGUUUUACCCGAGCGUUGUACUAGCCGAUCGAUUGUACGAAUUGAAAAUCACAGAUCUACCAACGAUUCCGUUCUUUCCUGUGAGUUCACACCUGGAAUGGACGGAUUUCCGUUAUUAUGGACUACGAAGCGCCACCGCCUACGUUCUAGUAUUCGAUCUGAGCAAUCAGGAGACUUUUCAAUAUAUCAGAAAAUUACGCGAACAGAUCUACGAGGCACGGGACAUGAGAGGUGUACCUCUUUUAGUGGUUGGCAAUAAACAAGAUGAGCUCUCAAGCAGUGUAGCUUCCGGUACAAGGUACAGGGAUAUCGUCAAUCUCGUACGAAAGCAUUGGAGAUGCGGUUACGUUGAGUGCAGCGCAAGAUUCAACUGUCGUGUCGUACAGGUUUUUCGAGAAUUAAUGAAGAGUAUUCAAGCCGUAGAAGGAAGACCGCCAUCGCCAAUACCUGCACCGUCAUCGCAGCCUUUGCGUUCUCAUCAGCAUGACAACACCGAGAAAUGCAUUCUUCUCUGACACUGAGAUCACAUAAUGGACGUACUCGAUCUUUGCGAUCGCAUUUUAGCGAAGAACUGCUUCUUCUCCGACUCAAAGAAAGAUUCACAUUGAUUUACUUCGUUAUUCCUUUUUUUUUUAGUUUUUGAAUCUUUUAUUUAUUAUUAGCCUUUCGUAAAUGUUCCCUCAUUGUUGGAUUAUCUCUCAAAAAAAGUUCAUCAUCGUGUUCAUCGUUGUUUACAUUCGUCGAAUGUUGAAACAGUAGAGUUGGUAACAACUCAAUGGACCUCAAUUAAGUUUAUUGGUUCAAACCGGAAAUUUGCUUUCGUAUCUGACAGAUUCCAAUUAAAAGUAAUACAUCUUGACUUUCAUUUUCGACAACACGAAUUGGAUAACUUUCAUUUAAUCGACAAAUUAUCUGCCUUUCCUUUAUUACGUUCUUCUUUCAUAUUACUCGAGCGUGUGAUAUCAUUGUGAUAAUCAAACAUUUCACGAUGCGUUAAUCUUACAAGUUACUCGCUCGUCAAUUUAAGAAAUUGUUCGUUUCUUGUGAGCAUCCAGUUGAAUGACAUAUUGUAUUUUAAUCUUUGACGUUAGAGUUUUCAUACACACAUAGAGAGAGAGAGAGAGAGAGAGAGAAAGGAAUAGAAUGUUAAUAGAUAAAAAGCAAUGAUAGAGUACGUACUAGUCAAAAUUUGAGCAAUUGAAAAUGAACGUGCGUGUUAAUUAUCGUAACACGGAAAACUUCAAAAUACAAUUAUUGUUAAACGAUUCAAUGAAAACAAUACCAUAUUUCCGAAUUGAUUAAAUCAAUCAUAUGUGACUAUGAUAUACAAGUUGAUCAAAAAAUUUUUAGAUGAUUUUAAAGAUCAAUUAUUUUUUUUUUCGAAACUUUGUGAACUAAUGUUUGUUUCCGAUUGUAAAUGAGUUCCUAGGCUUACAGUUUUACAAUCUUAAAAUAAAAAUUAAUCUAAGAAGUCUCGUAAAAAAAUAAUAGAUUCUUAAAAUCACCUAAGAAGUUUUGACCCGCCUAGGAACUUUUGGCCCACCCUGUAUAACGCGUGCAAUUAAUUCUUGAUUACAUACACAAACACGUAUACAUAUAUAUAUAUAUAUAUAUAUAUAUAUACAUAGGCAGACACAGGAAUAUAUACGUAUAUACAUGUGUGCACGAUAGGAAUAAAUGUACAGCAAUUUUGAGAAAAUUUUUUGCUGACUGGAUGUUAAGCAAUAUGUACACGAAUCAUUUUACAAAUGUUACUCAAGUUGGUCUUUCUACAGACCUUUACGUUAGCUCAAGUUGUGAAAAGUAAAUUGCGAAAAAAAAUAUUAUAGAAGCUCGUAAAAAAAACGCACACACACA